AUGUCUGUAUCCACAGAGAAGUUCCUGGUGAUUGGCCCCAUGGACCCCAUUGUGGCAGUGCUGGGUGGGGACAUCACACUGCCCUGCUCCCUGUCUCCUACCAUGAAUGCAGAGAACAUGGAGCUGCGAUGGUUCCGGUCCAACUUCUCAGAAGCGGUGUUCAUCUAUGAGAACCAGCAGGAGCAGAAGGAGAAGCAGAUGUCACAGUAUAAAGGACGGACCUUGCUGGUGAGAGACUUCCUCACUCAGGGGAAGGCUGCUGUACGCAUCAACAAGGUUCGGAUUUCUGAUGAUGGGCUGUAUACCUGCUUCUUCAAGAGUGGAGAUUUCUAUGAAGAGGCCCCUUUGGUAGUGAAGGUGGCAGAUAUGGGAUCUGACCCUCAAGUGCACAUUGAAGGACCAGAGGAAGAUGGAAUCCGUGUGGUGUGCAUGGCUUCCGGGUGGUUUCCGAAGCCUCUGGUUCAGUGGAAAGACCCGAGUAGAGAGAAGUUCCUGGCUUUCUCUGAGGUCCAUGCUCAAGAUGUUGAGGGACUGUUCAGUGUGGAGGCCUCACUGGUGGUGAGAGACAGCUCUGUAAGGAACGUGACCUGCUCCAUCUUUAACCCCAUUCUGGGUCAGGAAAAGGCGAAGGCGAUUUUCAUUCCAGAGCCCUUUUUCCCUCAGGCUUUUUCUCCUUGGAUGCCAGUUUUUGUGGUGAGCCUGACCAUGCUGAUGCUCCUCAGCUUAGGGGCUGGCUAUUUUCUCAAGAAAGAACAUUCAGCAAAGGUGCAGGAGUGGAAGAAUCAGGAGAAUCUUCAGCAGGAAAAGAGGAAGGACAAGAAGGACUCGGAGUUGGCCAUGAAGGAGGCAGAUGAACUACAGAGAGAGCUGAUAUCUGUCUCCCUCUGCAUAGUGAUCACCUUUAGGGUGGUGGAUGGCCAGGGGAUUCAUGCUGAUUAUGACUGUAGUCUCACUAGGGUGUGUUCUCUUUCAGCCUGGAGAAAGGUCCAGCUGUAUGCAGACUGGCGGAAGGAGCACUUCCAGACUUGGUCUGUCACUCUGGAUCCACAGUCUGUCCAUCCCUGCCUUGCCCUCUCUCAGGACAACAUGAGUGUGACCUUGAAGGACAACUGUGAGGACCUGAGUGAUGACAGAUGCAGUGUGGUGGGCACCAAGGGCAUCACAUCAGGGCAAUAUUACUGGGAAGUGGAAGUCAGAGAUGGAGGCACAAGCGAGUGGGCUCUGGGGGUUUGUAGGGAAGAUGUGGAUAGGUAUGGGUGGUUGAGACUGUGCCCAGAAAACGGGUUUUGGGUUGUGGCUCUUUUUUCAAGUGAAUAUUGUGCCUUUACUACCCCUGAUACAUUGCUAACUCUUAGACAAGCUCCCUGCCAGGUGGGGGUUUUCCUGGACUACGAUGAUGGGGAUGUCUCCUUCUACAACAUGACUGAUGGUUCUCAUAUUUUCUCAUUCUCUCAGGAUUCCUUCUCUGGGGCUCUCUUUCCAUAUUUCAUAAUUUAUUCAGGAGCCCUAUCCCUCACUAUCUGUUCCAUGGAAGGUGGGCCCAAGGGUACACCUAUGCUUCUUAACACAUUUCUGUCUUCUUUGGAUGAGUCCAUGAGUCCUCCAGAGGAGGGGUUGAGAUCUGGCUCUGGUGGUGAUGGUGUUCUCCCAGGGGUUGAAUCUCCAUUACUCCCCUCUGGCCCCAGGGCUGUGCCCCCAUAA